AUGAGUUUUUAUGAUCUUGAAAACCAACAGCAAGAUAAAAGUAUUGAACAACUUGCUGUAAAAGAGAAUGAUGUUUAUAAUAUAGCUCGUGGGAAGAAGCUCUGUAAUACAAUGCAACAACGUUUAUCAAAUAUUCAUUCAUCAAUUCAAGAUAGAUCGAUUCAAACCGGAUCUUAUUUAGCAGCAAAUCGCGUUCAAAAACGCACAUCUGUUGCGAGAACAAAAUUCAUUGUAUGUAUUUAUAAUGCAAAUGAACAAGAAAAAUUUUAUUUUGAAGAAACGUUAACUAGUGCCGCUAAUAGAGAUGUGGAAUAUCGUUUUAUUCCCUAUCCAUUAACAUUUGAAACAUGUCACUAUAGUCAAGACGCGAUUUGUGUUUGUAUUUCAACAAGAGAUCAUUGUACAAGUGAAAUACUUCGUCAACUGAAUUUAUUAGCAGUUCGACUUAUUUAUCUACGCGAUUGUGCCGAUUUAAUAUUUGCUGAUGAUGAUCAAACAGUGAAACAGCAAGCACUCAAAAAAUGUAUUGAUUUGAAUGCAGUAUCCCGGCUAAAAUUGACACUUGCAAGCGUACCAUCUCCACCCGAAUCAAUGUUAAUCGAAUAUAUAGUGACACUUGUCUUGACAAUUACAAAAAAUAUUCAUCGUUAUUAUACACGAAUGCGUACACUGAACUUUUCAUUAAAUGGGCUAACUAGUAUAGAACUUUAUAAACGUAAAGUAGGGAUCAUUUCAAUGAAUAAUCGAAUUAUACAAAAAUUAAGUACAAUUUUUGAUUCAAUGGGAUGUACCGUAAUUCACUGGGAUCCUACAAUCCAUCCCGGAAUGAAAAGUUCAGAGUUAAUAAAAGAAAAACAAAACAAUAGUCCUAUACGAGGAAUAAGUAUGACAAAUACAAAGACUACAACAAAAGAUGGCUCACUUGUUUCAAGUGAAGAAUUGUAUUCUCAAUCUGACAUAAUUAUUGUUUAUUUACCACAAGAUGAACGUACAAACAAAUUAAUUAAUUAUGAUAUAUUUAAUAAACUCAAAGAAUCAGUUUCUUUUGUCAUUUUGGGAAAUACCAAAGUAUUUGACUUCAAUCAAUUGCAAUAUGCUUUGAGACAAGGAAAAUUAAAUGCUAUUUCAUUUUCAACCAUUACAGGAGCACAAGACUAUAUGAAUACUGAUUGUUCAAAUAAAGCAUUAAAUCACGACGAAUUAUUACAAGUCAUAGCACAUCCAAAUGUUAUUUGUACGGGAAAUGAAUUUAUAUUUAAUAAUGAUACAUUUUUACAUGCGAGUGCGCAGACAUGUCUAGAAACCCUGUUAGAUUUUGUUAAUGGAGUAUUCCCAAUGAAAAAUAUUAUACAACUGUAG